GCGAGCUGGAGUUUUAUUCAUUCAUUCAUUCAUUUUCUACCGCUUUUUCCUUAUUUACUUCUUAAAUUGUUUAUUUACUUCUAUUUGUCUACUGUAGCAGUGACAAAAGUGUAACAACACUUAAAGGAAGUACGCCGUCGAGAAAAAACAUACGGGCCUCCAGAACAACCCCAGAUGUUCUUCCACAUGAAAGUCGCCAAUUGGACUUUUAGAAUGUUCAACAACACGGAAGACCAACUGAACGUAGGAACCCCAAAACAAAAAGUAUUGGAGUCCUUACCCGAGACGACGUCAGGUUCAGGUCGCCCCAGAUGACGAAGCCGGCAGCGCCAAGUGCCGCACUCUCCCCGAUGGUGUGGACCAGGUCUUUCUGUGAACAGGGCACAUGUAACGUGACUGCAAUGAAAUCAGGUGAAAGGUCAACGGAGGCUUCUUACGGUGGUGAGGAAGGAGUCUACACAAGGAGACACUUGAUGAGGAGGCAGAGUCCCAGCAGCAGGAUGACACACAGGCAGGAGAAAUGAAGGCGGAGUAACGAGCGAGGCAGACUGACGUCUGGCGGUGUGGGCGGAGCCAUCUGCGGCAUCUCGCAAUGGACGCCGAUCCAUCCCCGGUAGCACUGGCAGGUGAACUUAUGCUUCAUGUCCAGGAUGUCCCGGUCGUCGGGGCGACCCGUGACGUGGAAGCGGGGGGGCCCGGCGGGCGUGGCCCGGCGCCGGAUGUUGAAGGAGCGCGGGUUCAGGUGGAGGGGCGGUACCUGCGUGCGGGCGUACUCUGACGACCCCCACAGGACAACACCGGAAGCUCCGAGGGCGGCGCUCUCUCCGAUGGUGUGCACCAGGUCGCUCUGGAAGAAGAAGGGCAGAAAAGGGACCCUGAAUGGUGGGAGUUCUACUGACUUUAUGGCCGCCUGGUCAUCAUCCCGCCAGAAUGAGGUUUUGUUCUGGUGGUCCACGUUUGAGUCCCGCUAACCGCCAAGAGGCCCACAGCCGCUCUGGAAGAAAUGCAGAUCCAGACCACAAGAGAGGAGCGCCGUGAAGUGAGCCGACAUCUCCUCCUUGCUGAGCAGGAUGCAGUUCCAGGGGCUCCAGUCCUUGUGGCGUUCCCAUCGCACCAAGGCCAGGCUGAAGGGGUCGUUGCAGGCGCUGAGGGCCGAGUGGGCGCCCCAAAUCACCUCCACGAGUCUGCUUGAGGCACAGCAGGAUGUCCAGGCGCUGCUCCUGGCUGAUGGGCGACAUGGCCACACAGUCGUAGAGGUCCCCCAGCUCCCUGGCUCUGAUGGUGUCAGGGGUGUCCAUCUCGAUCAGGCGUCCGUCUGCCGCUCGCCACUGGUGAGGUGUGGACGACUGACGCGUGCCACCACACACGGGCGUGGUACAGCAGGUUGAGGUCCUCCCGCUUCUUCGGUUGCAUCCAUCGGUUGCGGCUGUCCUGCAUGAGCUCCUCCUUCUCCUCCUGUCGCCUCCUCUCCUGGAGGUCCAUCCAAGUCAGGCGGCGGUCGCGUUGCCUUCUCAGGCGGUCCACCGCACGACAGCUGAGCCAGCGGCGAGUGUGCGCCUGCAGUCGUAUCACCUGUCUAGUGUUGUGGUAUUCCUCGGCGGUGAGGUAGCUUCCCGGGCUGAGCAGCUUGUCGGUGAGGUUGGAGAUGUAGCAGCCGACGCUGGUCAUCUGAGUGGUGACGCUGGGGGCGGACUGCUGGGUCUCGGAGACCAGUUCCGCUGUCUGACGGGACACGUGAGCGACAAAUCCUUAAAGGGUAAUGGUACUCACCUGUCGCCGCUGAGUGUUCCACAUUGUCCUCGUUGUUGGAUUGAUCCGUCACAACGUCAGCCUGCUGCUCAUCUACACAAAUGAUGGCGUUAGCUUCCAUGGCAGCCAAACAGGAAGUGGAAGUGGACGCCAUAGUGAACAUCAGUUUGCUGCUCUACUGCACAAAUGAAGGAACAAGAGGAAUUCAUAAGUUGAUUUUAACCCCUCAAUAACAUCAAUAAGUCUCACCUGGAUUCGACCCGUCAACCUGCUGCUGCUCCUCCUCAUGAAGGGGUUCUUCUGGGUCCUCCUGUGAGGGGUUUCCUUCAGCUGGACUCUGCUGCUCUUCCUCCGACAUGAUCCUAGUCCCGUUAGCAACAAUAGGGCUUCCGUUUACACGUUGCCAUGGCAACAACGCGACAAGCCCCUCCCCCUUUCCUUUAAUGACAGUUACCAUUCAAACAAAACAUCGCAUAACAUAUCAUUUAUCAUUGAAUAGGUUUGUUAAAUUCAGAUACAAAUAAAGUUUUUUCGUGUUAAAAAACAACUCGCGGAAAUACACGAAAUUUAUGACAAAUAUUGUUCAUAUUUUUAUCCACAGUUUGUGCUAUAAAGGGUUCGUUAAAACGCGGAGUCCUAGCGAACGAAAUAUUAAAUAAUUUACGACUUUGUGGGGUUCUUAUUUACAUCUCUGCGUCCGCCAUCUGGCCUUCACAUAUGACGUCACACUGAACCCGCCCACCAGUGCCUCCGCAAAGCGGCAUUCCUCGGACUAAACCACUUUAUUAGAACAUCGAAUUCAAAUUGCGUUUCACAUUUUGUUUCAAGUUUAUUAAUCGUAACAUUAAUUGAUAUAUUUAGUAACAGUUUUUAUGUUCGCUGAGUUCAUAUUCCUCGCUGUAGUUCCGGUGGACAUUUUUCGAACACCCCCGCCCACAGUCCACCUAGCUAGAGUGGUACGCUCCAUGUCGUUGCCAUGUUGGAUGGACGCAUCGCUGCUGUGGCUGAUUGACUUUUUACGAUGAAACUUACGCGUUUGUGUGCCUGAAGACAACAACAGAGGCCAUAAUUUAACUUAUUUAAAAUCUAACCGAGGAAUUAAGUUGCUUUUCGAGGCAGGUGCAGUCCCAGGACACGCCCAGUCCUUGGCCGCCCUCCAGCCCGCAGUCGGCGGAGAUGAUCCGGCCGGAGGCCACAUCGUCCGGAGCCCGCAUGGAUGUUUUGUAAAUAGUCGUCAUUAGCACUUUGCUAGCACCAACAAACAACGUCGUUUCGCAACAACUCCAAGCCAUGAACAACCACCCGCCGCCCCGCAGGGCCGCUAACGUGGGCUCCUUGCUGCUGACCCCGCAGGAGAACGACUGCCUGUUCGGCUACCUGGGCAGGAAAUGUACGGCGUUGUGUUCGGCGGUGGUCCAGGUCUACGGCGCUGACAGGAGCUGCAGUUGGGCGAAGAAGUGCUGCGGGGUGGCGUGCUUGGUCAAAGACAACCCGCAGAGGUCCUACUUCAUCCGGGUGUUUGACAUCAAGGAGGGUAAAACCAUGUUCGAGCAGGAGCUCUACCACAGCUUCUCCAUCAGCUGCUCCAGGUCCUACUUCAUCUCCUUCGUGGGGGAUACCAGCCAGAUGGGUUUGAACUUCGCCAGCGAAGAAGAGGCCAAGCGAUUCCGAGUGGCCAUCAACGACCUGCUCAGCCGACGCCAACGAAAAACUGGUCCCGCUCUGCCCAUGGCCACGGUGGACAUCAGGAACCCGGAGAUCAACAACGUGCGCCUGCUCAACUCUCACGGCCACCAGCUGCCGUACCACGUCAACAACAUGCUGAGUCAUGGCGGCCUGGCCCGCAAGGACAAGAAGACCAAAGUCAAGAAGAAGAAGCUCACCAAGGCGGACAUCGGCACGCCCAGCAACUUCCAGCAUAUUGGACAUGUGGGCUGGGAUCCCAACACGGGUUUUGAUCUGAACAAUCUGGACCCCGAGCUGAAGAACCUGUUUGACAUGUGCGGCAUCUCGGAGGCUCAGCUGAAGGACCGCGAGACUUCCAAGGUCAUCUACGACUUUAUCGAGAAGAAAGGCGGCGUGGAGGCGGUGAAGAACGAGCUGAGGAGGCAGGCGCCCCCACCUCCUCCCUCUCGUGGUGGCCCCCCACCGCCUCCUCCACCUCCUCCUCCACCGUCCAGAGGAAGCCGCGGGGCUCCGCCUCCACCUCCGCCGCCUCUGUCCCGCGCCCCCGCCUCGGCCCCCCCUCCCCCGCCACCGUCCAGGCUGGGUGCCCCGCCCCCACCGCCCACCAGGGGAGUUCAGCAACCCCCCCCUCCACCCCACCACCACCACCACCACAAACCUCCUCCGCCUCCAUCCUUGAACUCUUCCCCACAGGCUCCACCCCCUCCACCUCCCGCAGCGGCUCCGCAGCCCCCAGCAGGUGUCGCGCCGCCUCCUCCACCCCCUCCGCCACCCCCGCCACCAGUCCCCCCACCUUCCGCGGAACCGGACGGCGUGCGCAGAAGCAACGACUCGCCUCAUUCGCCGGUCCCCGCCGGGACGUCGGCGCUGCUGGAGCAGAUCCGGGGGGGGGCACAACUCAAGAAGGUGGAGCAGAACCACCGAGAACCGGCGUCCAGCAGCGGGCGGGACGCGCUGCUGGACCAAAUCCGCCAGGGGAUUCAACUGAAAACGGUGUCGGACCACCCGGAGUCAGGGCCGCCCAUGCCAGCCCCCACGGCGGGCAUCGUCGGCGCCCUUAUGGAAGUGAUGCAAAAGAGGAGCAAAGCCAUCCAUUCUUCAGACGACGACGAGGAUGACGAUGAAGAUGAAGACUUUGAAGAAGACGACGAAUGGGACGACUGACGACACAAAAGACUCGUAUUGUCAAUAGUUGACUUUUAUUUAUUUUAGUUUUUUUUUUUUUUUUUUAAAUGACUGUUUCAUCGUCAUAGCUAGGCGGCCAUCUUGGGAAAAACAUUCACCAUUUCCGAAUUUUCCGUCUUUGUGAGGUUUUUUUUUUUUUCUCUCAAAGACCAAAAUGUCUUUUUUUUUUUUUUUUUUUAUUCCUGUGACCGAGGCGUUUGGGUGCACGCGUUCAUUUUCACGCUUUCUUCAGCGACGUUUCGAAAAAAAACUCAAAAUUAGUUUCUGGCGUCUGAUUGGUUGCUGGGGUUGUGACGUCAUGCUCUUAUGCAAAGUGGCUGCAAAGCUCAUCCUAAUAAUAAUAAUCAUAAUAAUAAUAAUAAUAAUGACAAUAGUAAAUAAUAAUAAUAAUAAUACUCAACCAAAUAUGGACGCUGCAGGGCUGUCAAACAGUAAAAAGAAGUAAUCAAACUUUGAACUGUUUGCUUUUAACGAGCGCUGACUGGGUGGGGAGUACUAAAUUGUAUACUUAAAUAAAUGUUAAUAUUUACAGUCAAGUACUUCUGCGUAUUCAUGCUUUUGGACUACAAGAACAACUCGGAGAAAACAUUUCCGGAAUAAUAAAUAUUUGUGGAGGUCAACAAUGGAUAUGGGUGAGUAUAUUUUCAAUGUCGUGUUGCUGCUGGAUGUUCACAAUUUCCCAGUCAUACUUUAAGUUGGUUUUCUUUUUCAAAAGACAACAGAAGGAAGGACCGAUGGACGGCAACCUCCGGUUCUGUUCACUGAUGACCGCAUUUGUCUUGAAGGUACGCUAUAAAGGAUGCUAUUCCGCCGGUACACAGGACAAAAAAAACACAACAACAACGUCAAAGUGCAUAAAAGAGUGAUUUGUGUACAUGUCUACCAAACACUAUUCCAUGAUAGCGACAAGGCUGUCAUGUUGGUUAGCAUGUUGGUUAGCAUCUCUGUGUUGCGUUUGCAUCUUCUCAUUUGUGGGUUUUCUGCGGUAAUGUUAGCAUAGUAGCAUUAACUUACUAAUAAUAUGGGCAUGUUAACACCUAGCAUGAUAGCGGUGU